UUGUUUCGCAUUAUUGAACCGGCGGAAGGUACAAUUCUUAUCGAUGGCGUCAAUAUUGGACUUAUUGGCUUGCAUGACCUACGCUUGAAUUUAACUAUUAUCCCUCAAGAACCAGUUUUGUUUUCCGGUUCACUUCGAUUCAAUCUGGAUCCGUUCCAGAACUAUUCAGAUGAGGAAAUAUGGAAGACCCUAGAGCAUGCACAUUUGAAGGCAUUUGCAUCAAAUUUACCAGCAGGUCUGCAGUAUAAAAUUACUGAAGGCGGUGAAAAUAUAAGCGUUGGUCAGCGACAGCUCAUCUGUCUGGCCCGGGCGCUGCUUCGGAAGAGCAAAGUGCUGGUGCUGGAUGAAGCCACUGCUGCUGUUGAUUUGGCAACCGACUCGCUGAUACAGGAAACGAUUCGCCGAGAGUUUGCGACUUCUACCGUUCUGACCAUUGCCCAUCGGCUGAACACAAUCCUGGAUUAUGACAGGAUACUGGUACUCGACAAGGGCUUAAUAAGGGAAUUUGAUUCACCAGGUGCAUUGCUGGCUGAUCGCUCAUCGCUGUUUUUCUCGAUGGCAUCUGAUGCUCAGAUUGUUUCUUCGUUGAAGAAUAAUAACGGGCACGAAUAA